GGGGGGGACACUGAUAUUGCGCACGGCGGAUCUAUGAGGACGCAGGCGGGUUUUUCACUCUCAACACAAGACAGUGGGAACAGGGAGUGACCCCCACCCACCCCCCCACACCGCUCCUGCCUGCAGCCCCCAUGCCGGGCAUUAGCAACACCGCGCCUCGUUAUGAAAACUGGGACAUGGAACACCUCGACCACUACCAACAUUACUUCUACGACGACCACCACGACCCGGACGAGGAUUUCUUCAAGUCCACGGCGCCCAGCGAGGACAUAUGGAAGAAAUUCGAGCUGGUACCGACCCCGCCCAUGUCCCCUAUCCGGGCGGUGGAAGGGCCGGGCAGGGUCGGGCUGCUGUGCCCGUCUCUGGGGGACAAGCUGGAGUGGGUGUCUCAGUUCUUGGGGCAGGAGGACGAACAGCAGCAGGACCUGCCCUGCAAGCUGACCGCGGCCAACGACUCCUUCGGCAACCUGAGCUCCAUCAUCAUCCAGGACUGCAUGUGGAGCGGCUUCUCCGCGGGACAGCAGCUGGAGAGAGUAGUUGGGGAGCGCUGCGCCCCCUGUCCCGGGACGGCGGCCGCUGCCAAAGCCGCCGCAGCGGCGGCGUCUGCAGUCACGUCCCCGGGGAGGGCGCAGUGUGCCCCCGCCGAGGCGUCGGCUGGCGGCGGCCUGGCGGCGGACUGUGUGGACCCGGCUGCCGUGCUCACUUUCCCGUUAACCGGUGGCUGCAAGAAGCAAGUGUCCUCCGGUUCAGAGUCUCACACCGACUCAUCAGAUGAUGAGGAUGACAAAGAUGAGGACGAAGAAGAGAUCGAUGUGGUGACGGUGGAGCACAAGCAGCAGCAGCAGCAGCGUAAACCUCGUCGUCUGGUCAACACCCGCAAACCGGUGACCAUCACGGUGCGAGCGGACCCCCUGGACCUCGGCAUGAAGCGUUUCCACAUCUCCAUACACCAACAGCAGCACAACUAUGCCGCCCCCUCCCCGGACACGCUUCCCCCGCCGGUCGAGCCUCCUCGGAAGAGGGUCCGGCAGGAGGCCUCCUCCCAGUCGCACCAGAACUCUCACUACCACCACCUGCACCGGCCAGGCCACGCCCCUCUGAACUUUGACAGCAGGAAGUCUGUCGGAGUCCGGUCGGAGUCGCCCGACCUCAGUGCCUGCUCUCCUACCUCCUCCCCUUCGUCGCCUCCCUCCUCGUCCUCGUCCUCCUCCUCCCCUUCCUCUUCCUCCUCAACCCCCCAUUCCCAAAGCUCUCCCUCGAAGCCCCACUCCUUCUGCCACUUCUCCAGCCCCCAGUCCUCGGACUGCGAGGACACGGACAAGCGCAAGGCGCACAACUUCCUCGAGCGCAAGCGGAGGAACGACCUGCGCUCGCGGUUCCUGUCGCUGCGGGACGAGAUCCCAGGCCUGGCGGACUGCCCCAAGACGCCGAAGGUGGCGAUCCUGACGCGAGCCACGGAGUACCUGCAGCAGCUGCACGCCAGCGAGAGGCAAAAGGCUCAGGAGAGGAAGCAGCUGAAGUCCAGGCAGCUGCAGCUGCUGCAGAGGCUGGCGCAGCUCAAACGCUCGUGAGCGACGGGAGUCGGCCGUCGAGACACACACACACACGCACACUUUCACAUAACUGGACUGGACUACCUGAAGGAGAAGAGACACUAAUGUUCACUUUGAAUUGGUCACGUUGGAAUAGUGCGGGUGGAUUUGUUUUUUUGUUUGUUUUUCUAUUUUUGUGGUUUGCACAUUAGCUUCUGAGUGAUUGACAAGGCCGCAAGCCGGACAGGACAGCGAGCUUGGGACUGGUCUCAAGGGCAGAUUAAUAUGUCUGUGGCUACUCGAUUUAUAUAGAUUUUGUCCAACCCGUUAUAUCCCCCCCUCCCCUCCCCUCUUGUUGAAAACUGUUGGCUUGCUUCUUCUUACGGGAACGCUCGCUGCGACUGCGGCAGCUUCUGGUUUGAUAAACCGCUACAACUGUGCCGUCUUAACUGCUGCAUGUUCUGGUCGGACCGUUUCCCUUGAU